UGCUGUAACAACAUUCAGCCUAAAUAUUAAGCAAGUUUGGCGCCUACUUUACAGGCGUUUUAUUAUCUUAAGGUAUAUUUAGUUUAUUUUGCAUGUCGUUGUUAGAAUAUCAACUCGGGAGGUGAGCGUAACCUUGUCUAAAAAGCAUUAUAUUUGAAGAACAUAAUUUGGAGCACGAAAAAUUACGAUGCCAUCCCCGAUGGAGGGAUCUUCCAGAGAAGGUGACCUGUUUACUGUGAAACACGAGCUGAAAAAUGCCAACCUGACGGGCCACGUAGAGAGGGUGGGAAUUGAAAAUUUUGAGCUAUUAAAGGUGCUGGGCACAGGAGCAUACGGCAAGGUGUUCCUGGUGAGGAAAGUGAGCGGCCAUGAUGCGGGGAAGCUGUACGCCAUGAAGGUUUUGAAGAAGGCCACCAUUGUACAAAAGGCAAAGACUGCUGAACACACGCGGACGGAGCGCCAAGUCCUGGAGCACAUCCGCCAGUCUCCAUUUCUCGUCACACUUCACUAUGCCUUUCAGACGGACACCAAGCUGCACCUCAUUCUCGAUUAUGUAAAUGGCGGGGAGCUCUUCACACACCUGGUGCAAAGGGUGCGUUUUAAGGAGCAAGAAGUAGCCCUGUACAGUGGAGAGAUUGUGUUGGCACUGGAGCAUCUGCACAAGCUUGGGAUCGUCUACCGGGAUCUGAAGCUUGAGAAUAUUUUACUUGAUUCAAGCGGACAUAUUGUUCUCACAGAUUUUGGUCUUAGUAAAGAAUUUGAUCAGAUGGAAAGGGCCUUUUCUGUCUGUGGCACCAUUGAAUAUAUGGCUCCAGAAAUUGUGGAAGGAGGAGAGUCUGGACAUGACAAGGCGGUGGACUGGUGGAGCCUCGGCGUGUUGAUGUACGAGCUUCUGACAGGCGGAUCACCCUUCACUGUUGACGGAGAUGAGAACUCACACACAGACAUUGCCAAGAGGAUUUCAAAAAGGGAUCCUCCCUUCCCCAAAGAUAUGGGACCACUGGCCAAAGACCUCAUCCAGCGACUCCUCAUCAAAGAUCCAAAGAAGAGAUUAGGGUCAGGUCCUAAUGGAGCAGAGAAUGUAAAGAAACACCCGUUUUACCAGAAAAUUAACUGGGAAGACUUGGCAGCUAAGAAGGUGCCCGCUCCGUUCAAGCCCGUGAUUCGGGAUGAGCUGGACGUCAGCAACUUCGCAGAUGAGUUCACAGAGAUGGACCCCACCUACUCCCCUGCAGCUCUGCCUCAGAACUGUGACCGCAUCUUCCAGGGCUACUCUUUCAUGGCCCCCUCCAUCCUGUUCAAGAGGAAUGUGGUGAUGGACGACCCUGUCCAGCUGUGUGGCGGCUCUGAGAGGCCGGGCUCUGCUGCAGUGGCCCGCAGCGCCAUGAUGAAGGACUCACCUUUCUAUAUGACUUAUGAGAUGGACCUGAAGGACAGCGUUCUGGGGGAGGGCAGCUUCUCCAUCUGCAGACGAUGCACACACAAGAAGACUGGACAGAAAUACGCAGUCAAGAUUGUCAGCAAGAGGAUGGAGGCUCAGACUCAGCGGGAAAUAGCAGCCCUGAAGCUCUGCGACGGCCACCCUAACAUUGUCAAGUUACAUGAAAUCUACCAUGACCAGCUCCACACAUACCUGGUUCUGGAGCUGCUCGGUGGAGGGGAGCUGCUAGAGAGAAUCCGCAGGAAGCAACAUUUCAGCGAAACAGAGGCCAGCCGCAUCAUGCGCAAACUGGUGUCCGCUGUCAGCCACAUGCACGACGUGGGAGUGGUGCACAGGGAUCUUAAACCGGAGAACCUGCUCUUCACAGACGAGAGUGAGAACUCCGAGAUAAAAAUCAUAGACUUUGGGUUUGCUCGCCUCAAACCACCAGACAAUCAGCUCCUGAAGACUCCCUGCUUCACCCUGCAGUACGCAGCACCAGAGAUACUCAAAUAUGAUGGCUACGAUGAGUCCUGUGACCUGUGGAGUCUGGGGGUCAUACUGUACACCAUGCUGUCUGGCCAGGUGCCUUUUCAGUGUCAGGAGAAAAGCCUGACCCACACCAGUGCUGAGGAAAUUAUGAAGAAAAUCAAACAGGGAGAUUUCUCUUUUGAAGGCGAGGCCUGGAGAAAUGUGUCCCAGCAGGCCAAAGACCUCAUACAAGAGCUGCUGACGGUGGACCCAAACAAGAGGAUCAAGAUGUGCGGCCUACGUUACAACGCAUGGCUCCAGGAUGACAGCCAACUUUCCUCCAACCCACUCAUGACCCCGGACAUUCUUGGCUCUUCCACCGUCUCCGUCCACACUUACGUCAAAGCUACCUUUAAUGCAUUUAACAAAUGUAAGCGGGAAGGUUUCCGCUUGCAGACAGUGGACAAGGCGCCACUUGCCAAGAGAAGGAAGAUGAAAAAGACAAGUACCAGCACAGAGACCCGCAGCAGUUCCAGUGAGAGUACCCAUUCCUCGUCCUCCUCCUCCCAGUCUCAGGAGAAGACAUUUCCAGAGGGUGACGCCAACCCGCAGCCCUCUAACAGCACGCCUCUCACCACCCCUGCCAACACACCCGUGGCCCUGGGAAUGGACUCUGUGCACCAACAAGCGCCUCCGGCCUUUCACUUCUCAGAAGGACAGUGAGACAGCGAGAGGAAAAGGGAGAGCCAUGAACUUUGGAAGAUGGCUCGGACCAGUGUGGAGACAGCUCUCUCUCUCUCCUUUCUCUCUGCCCCUGGCAGCUCUCUGCCUCCGGUUCAGUCAAUUGCAUGGACGUCCGCACGUCUCCAAAACCAAGCAUGCACCAGGAGCAGCAACCGUCACCUCAAUAUCAAUCAAUCAGUCAUCACUAGCAAUAGCCUAUCCCUUUCUUUUUCUCUUGCUUUCACACAGACUGUAUCAAUCAGGGACUGGACCAGGAAGAAAUUGUUAACGAUGUCCAAAAUGCAAAGGGCUGUCCUACUGCCCCAGGUCCAGACAGACAAUAGAGAGACAUCUUCAGUCUCAUCGUAAAAUUACAGCUUACUCUGUCCGCUCCACUUACCUGUCUUUGUCCAUGGUUUUAAAGGGAAAGUCGUAGUGUUUACAUCAUGGAUGCUUUGUAUUUUUUUGUCAAAGGAGAGAGGAAAUGCAACGUGCUUCAGCAAAUCGUGGGUCUACUUCUCUUUUCUGGGAAGUCUCUACAAGAUGGAACGGGGUAUUUAUAUGUGAAUUUUACAGACUGAAAUGUAUUUAUGAUAAGCUAUAUUGUUAACUUAUUUAUGGUUCAGAUUGACCUGAAAAGAAAUAAUGGAUACAGUGAGUCUUUAAAAAAAACAAAAACAAAAGAAGAUAUUUUGUGUAUGUGUCUGUUUCCCUAUCAGCUCUUUAAAAAAGACUGUUUUCAUGUAGUCAGAUGGUUGUUAAUCCCUUUUUGUAAUCAUCAUAGAUAUCAAUGCUUCAAGUAGGUCAACGUUGUUUAGACAUUGUAAAAUUAUUAUAGGCAAAAAGAGAUUAACAUCAUUAGCCACUGGUUAAUUGUUGUGAAUCAGUUUGUCAUAUUUGUGUAGCUUUUGUUGGACCUUUUGGAAAUUUAUGUGGAGGCAGUUUGAGUUUGAACUGCAGCUGUAUCCAGUGGUCAAAAAAGUUAACUUCCUUGUUCAUAAGGAUUGAGGAAGGGAAAAAAUGUAUGUCUUUUUUUUUUUUUUUGUAGGGACAACCAAAUAUGUUCAGCCAAAUCAGUGGUUUCAUUGUUUUAUGGGGAGUUCUGCUGCCUAUGGGAAUGUGGCCCAACAAGAAGAGCUAUAUUUCAAAUGAUUUUUGCCUCUGAUGCGGAAAGUAUGACUACUGCAAGUCUCAGUGUUGCUGAUGUGCCACGUGGUCUGAUGCUCUAGUCAGUAUUUAGCCCGCAGUGGAUUUGCCUUGUGUAGGGAUGUAAGUUUUAAGCAGUUUCUUCAAGUGAUAGUCGGCCAUGUAAACAAUCAAUUAUCGGUUGAUUAUUAACAAUUUAUGAAACGCUGGACGUUUUUUCAUUAUAAAACCACAUUAGCCAAUGACAUGACCUAUCUUCCACAUGAAAUCAAAGUAGGCUACAUUAGUAAUUAGUUAAAAGAUAAAGUAAACACCAAGUUACUUGAAUGAUAAAUUAACAAAAUAAUGACUUAAUUUAAAAUGACAGUGCUCCCACUCUAGUCUGUUGCUAUCUAUUCAACAAGAACAAACAAAUGCACUGUGUUGGCCAGAUCUAACAAUUAAAGGUGCAGUGUGUAGAAUUUGGUGGCAUCUAGUGGAACAGACUUAGCAGAAAUGAAAUAUGAUCUUCAUAAGUGUAUUUUUAAUUUGUGUAUAAUCACCUGAACGAAAGUUGUGUUUUCGUUACCCUAAAACAAGCCCUUUAUAUUCACAUAGGGAGCCCACUGUGUUUAUACAGUAGCCCAGAACGGACAAAACACUGGCUUUAGAGAGGACCUUUCAUAUUUUUCAUGGCUACCACAAGUUCACCUACACACUUGGAAGCAGAGGGAGAGGACUCCUAGAUGCCAUUACAUUCAACACACUGCACCUUUAAUUAACAUUUAAUCAAAACCGCUGCAGCCGUCAAUAACCUUUAAUGCCAUCGUAUAAAUGUUAAAACAGAUUACCACAAGACACACUUAAGUCUGAGUGGCUGCAUACCUGAUCUACAUGAUGGGUUGAUGUGUGUGCUCACUGUAGCUAACGUUACUCCAUCUGCUGGAAACAGCUGCACAAAUACUGUCGCUCCAACUUUAUCAGUCCAUUUACUGCCACUGCUAAAAUGCAUUUAUAGUCAAAGCAGGAGAAUGUCAGUGAUACAGUUCAUCAAUUUUGUCUUGUCACUCUGGAAAGGUUUAUUUAGAGUCCUGCUGUCUGACAGUCAGCACUCAGCCUGCGUUUAAAUGAGCACCGUUUUCUUCUUUGGACUGCAGGGAGGUGCGUUCGUUUUACAGUUUAUGCAGCCCUUAUGGGUGGUCAUCAAACACACCUGUCAUCCAAUCUCAUUGAAAAGUAAGAGGCUGCUUUAUUUGUUUGUUUAUAUCAUGUUCUCAAUUUAAAAAAAAAAAAAAAAAAAAAAGUAAGCAGCUCCAGCUAGUGGCACAACUGUGUACUACAGCAUAUUUACACAGCACUUUCUGACAGUUACACUGAACGUCUCUCGCCUUCUGCAUCAUAGGUUAAUAUAUUUUUAAAUUAUUACAGACA